AUGGCGGCCCCCAGGAGGCCGGCGGAGGAGAGUGUUGUGGGGCGUAUCGCUGUGGACAUCCGUCAUCAAAGUAACUUGAAACUCAGCAAAACUGAAAAGAAGUACUUACGGAAACAGAAUAAAGCCAGGAAUACCCUGUUGAGACACGAAGGCAUUGAGCCAGUGGCCCAUGCCACGCAGAGUCUGGUCAUUGCCAAUGGUGGUCUGGGUAAUGGUGUGAGUAGGAAGCAGCUGCUCCCAGUUCUCCAGGGGUGUGGAAGUGUGGACUCUCUCUUAAUGCCACCCAAUAAACCCUACUCCUUCGUAACAUAUGCGACAACCGAAGAAGCCAGGAAAGCUUAUGCUGUUCUCCAUGGAAAAGAAAUAGUGGCUGAUUUAGGACAGAAGAUCAUUCUGUACUUGAAUUUUGUGGAAAAAGCACGGUGGAAGGCGUUGGGGCCUCAUGGCUUGCCCCCAGGCCUCUUGGUAGUAGAAGAAAUCAUUUCUUCUGAAGAUGAGAGGUUGCUACUGGAAAGUGUUAACUGGGCAGAAGACGCAGACAAUAAAAAUUGUCAGAAGUCUUUAAAGCACAGACGAGUAAAGCAUUUUGGUUAUGAGUUCCACUAUGAGAACAACAAUGUAGAUAAAGACAAGCCAUUACCUGGGGGCCUUCCUGACAUUUGUGAGCGCAUUUUGGAGAAAUGGUUGAAGGAAGGUUACAUUAAACAUAAACCUGAUCAGUUGACCGUAAAUCAGUAUGAACCUGGACAUGGAAUUCCUGCUCAUAUUGACACACAUUCGGCUUUUGAAGAUGAGAUUGUUUCUCUCAGUUUGGGUUCAGAGAUUGUUAUGGAUUUUAAGCAUCCAGAUGGUGUCCUAGUGCAAGUUAUGUUACCUCGUCGGAGUUUGCUGGUCAUGACGGGAGAAUCUAGAUACCUUUGGACCCAUGGAAUCACACCCAGAAAAUUUGACACUGUUCAUGCAUCUGAGCAUUACAGAAGUGGAAUUAUUACCAGUGAUAUUGGAAACUUAACUCUAAGCAAGAGAGGAGUACGGACUUCAUUUACAUUUAGGAAAGUGAGGCGCACACCUUGUAACUGUAAUUAUUCUCUGGUCUGUGACAGCCAGAGAAAAGAGAAGCCUCCGUCAUUUCCAGAGAGUGAUAAAGAAGCAUCCCGGCUGGAGCAGGAGUACGUCCACCGUGUGUAUGAAGAGAUUGCUGGGCACUUCAGCAGCACGAGGCACACUCCUUGGCCGUGCAUCGUGGAGUUUUUGAAGGCUUUGCCAAGUGGUUCGGUAGUGGCUGAUAUUGGAUGUGGGAAUGGGAAGUAUCUUGGCAUCAAUAAGGAGUUAUACAUGAUUGGUUGUGAUCGUAGUGAAAACCUCGUAGCCAUCUGUAGAGAGAGGCAGUUUCAGGCCUUUGUUGGCGAUGCGCUAGCGGUUCCGGUGCGCAGUGGGUCCUGUGAUGCUUGCAUCUCUAUUGCUGUCAUCCACCACUUGGCAACCGCAGAGCGUAGAGUGGCAGCUAUCCAAGAACUUGUUCGACUGUUGAGGCCUGGUGGGACAGCACUCAUUUAUGUCUGGGCAAUGGAACAAGAAUAUAACAAUCAGAAGUCCAAGUAUCUUAGAGGAAACAGAAUUAGCCGAGGAGCUCAAGAGGAGCUAACGAGUGCUACAUCUGCAGAAGGAUUGCUUGUGGAGCAAAUGCGUGGUGAGGCCUGUCAAGACUCGGCAUCUUCUGUCCCCUCCGUGAACCAUGUUCAGGAGGGAGGAAUCAGUUCAGAACUGCCUAUUCAUACUAAUAGGACUUCUUUUCAAUCUCAAGAUGUACUGGUUCCCUGGCAUCUCAAAAGGAACACUGGUAAAGACAAGGCCUCUGUGUCAUUUGGUUCCACAGAACCCCAGAACCCAGGCCCCAUCUGUCACCGGUACUACCACGUGUUUUGUGGCGGGGAGCUGGAAGCUGCCUGCCAGACACUGGGAAACGUUAGCAUUCUGAAAAGCUACUAUGAUCAGGGAAACUGGUGUGUCAUUCUUCAAAAGAGCUGACUCUUUACUGAAAAUGUCAUAUGGGGAAAAAAUAUACCUAGAUAUAUUUUUUUAAAAGGGGGACUGAAUUGAUUGUUCUCUUAUUUAAAGAAAAUGCUUGUGGAAAUGUACCAAAGGAGAGCUUCUCAGAGAAAUUUUUAAGUAGAUAUUAGUUAAGAAACCUUCAGUUUGAUACCAGGACUUCAUAAUUGUCAGCUCUUCCUACACAGCUAAUAAGAGUAGUGUUUCCGUGUACCUGAAAUGAUCCAGAUAGGGAUGGGAUGCUUGCAUGGGAGGGAGAGUACAGCAUUCUGAAGGUAACUGCGUGCUUUAAAACAUUAUUCCAGGGCCUAAACAGUGUAUGACUGAGUGCUAUAUUACAGAAAAUGUUUUCAUCAAUAGGAACUAUCACCACACCUUACUAGGAUAGAACUUACCCACAUAGUCAUGGAUGUUCAGUACAAUUUCCCUUAAUUGCUUGAGCAAAUGAACAUCUGCCCUAUUAAUUAGUAUGUGGGUAAAUGAACUACUGAAAUACACUUCUAACUCAUUUUUCUUUGGGCUAAAAUGCUCUAAAUAAGCAUUUUAUACUUGAAUAGUUGAAAUUAUUUAAUUGCUGAGAUUUUUAGUAACUGAAUAUCAGGUUUUGGAUUCUUUUUUUUUGUCCAAGACCAGGACUUGAACUUGGUACCUGAUGCUGUUGCUCAUUGGCUGGCACUGUACCAACUGGGCCACACUUCCAAUCCAGGUUUUAGAUUCUUGAUCUGCACUCAAAUACAAAGCUUAGUUGUUUUUUCUUUUAUUUUUGUGCCAGUUGUGGGGCUCAAACUU